UCUCCACCAACCAUUUUUUUGCUCUUUCCUCUUUCCUCUUCAGUGCACUUCGCAUUACUCCCGCCCACUAAGUAACCACGCCAACAUGCCUACCUUUCUGAUGGACAUCGAGAACUGGCCUCCAGAGACCCUUCGACUCGACCACAUCCACUACGCAAUCACCAACGAGGCUCGCGAUUCCAAGAACUGGGACAAUGCCUUGAAGCUGUUCACCCAUUAUCUUGCACCUCUUGUCGUCGCUGCACAAAAGGCCACUGCUGCCGCAGCAAGCGCCAACCCAACUGCCUACAAUAGCACUACGACGAGAAAUAAGGGCGCAGGAAUGGCAUCUUGGGUAAAAGACUUUAAACCGGACAGCUCUGGCAGCUGCACAAAGCCCUUGAGCCAAGAGGACAUUAAGCUAGUCCAGUGGUCUAUUGCAGUCUUGGUCCGGUACGCACCCUCGCCCACAGAGUCCAACAUGAUCUACAUGUUCUUUCUCAAGUGCGAGCCACCUGUGCGGAGCGACGAGACCAUCGACACAUGCCUGAUAUCGCUCAUUUACAAGUACGCUCAGGUCCGAGGCAACCGAGAACUACAGGUCAAGGGACUAGAUUUGAUCUUGGUGGCGCUGGAGCGAGGUGUGGGCCUGCCGACCUACGCCCCCAUCAAGCGGAAUAUGGAGAUGGAGCAAAAUGAACCAAUUCUGGCGAGCGUGAGUCGACCGAUCCUGAGUUUUGUGAAGCAGCAUAUCUCUACAGACGGUCGGAAAUUACUACCGGGCGCGCCUCCGCCAACAAAAUUCCAGCUGCAGUGUCAGCGGUCUAAUCAGCGGUUUAAUCAGCAGCAACUUCAGCGGCCUAAUCAGCAGCAAUAUCAGCAGCAGCCUGUGCGAGCCCAGCGGAAUGUCCAUCAGGGUCCGCAGCAAGGUCAGCAGCACGGUCCGCAGCACGGUCCGCAGCAACAACCACAGCAGUAUCGCCCGAUGCCGCAGAAUCAGCAGUCGCCGCAGCAGAAUCACCAGUCGCCGCAGCCAAAGCGCAGUGGCAUCCAGGGACGCUCGCAUAUGAGAUCACCGGACCCAAAGCAUGUCGAAAUAAGUGGAACAGAGCAAGGACAGGAUGGCGGCGAUCGAGCCGAGUCACCGCCGCAGCCGCUGCAGCAGAACAAGCAGCAGGGGCCACAAGAGUCGUCGUCGCCUUCUUUGCCAAAGAAAAAGAGCAAAGAUAAGGAGGUCAAGAAGAGGGGAUCUCCGACUCCACCGCGAACAUCAAAUAGAUACCAUACAAGUGGUCUAGCGAACGAGGAAGAUCAAUAUGCGUACUACGAGCAGGCGUCUCGUCGGUCCUUUGCUGGAGCGGGCUAUGUUGGUCGCGUAGGACGCCAGGGAACAGGUGGCCAUGGCAUCGGCAGUGGCGGACAACGUACGAUCGCAUUCGUCCCUGCCUCUACGAAUGCGAACCUCAAUCCUUCCAAUCAGCAAUCUGCUGGUGUGGAUCAAGAAGUCAAGGAGUCCAUUUCAGCUCAGAAUGUCGAGGAGCCACUUGCUGCUGAAGAGAAGCAGCAACCGGAGGACCACGCGAAUGCGUCUGUCGAACUUGCUGCGGGGAUUGAGAAGAUGGUGCUAGCGUCGCAGUCGGACGAGUAAAAGUCGAAGCGCGAUGCUUGAGCUGGCUGGCUACGAGCCUUAUGUCUGCAUACUUUUUUUAUUUUUUUAUCUAUCUCUUGACAUCAUUCGCCACAC